AGUUUUGGGUUUUGUUUUUACAGUUUCAACUGGGUGUUAAUGUACAGUGGGUCACAUCAGCAGGUGGGUGUGGGGGAGGGGGGGUUAUGGAAUGGUAUGGCUAGAAUAAGGUACGGUGUAGAUCUAGGUAAUUCCAAGCUUUGGUCACAUCGACGGCCUUGCAUGGUUGGAUUUUAGCACCAUCAAAUGAUCUUUCAUUUCUUGCUUUUUAUCAUCGACUUCGUGGUUUUCACUCUUCUCACAUCUCAUCCAUAAACCAAACCUAUAGACCUUAUAGGUUUUUUCUCAUCUUUAUUUUUGUGGGACUUUUGAGAAGACGACUGCACCAUGAUAAUAUCUGUUUUCCCGUAUAUAAUUAUAUUCUGUGCUGUAAAGAUAUUCUUGGUUUAAAAAAAUAUGUAACUAUCACUGGGCGCGGGCUUCCCUUAUUUUUCAAGUCUAGGUUAGGGAGUUCAUUUUAAUUUGACUACUAUUUAUAAACCGAACAAACAACAAGAUGCUUUUAUGCGAGCAUUUAAAAGCAUAUCCUAUCUCAGGCUUCUAUAGGGCAGUGACAAACUUUAGUAUAUCAGGGUCUUGUUUUUUGACCAAGUCAUAUCGGGGUCUAGGUGGUGGUUUUUGGCUUUUGAGUUUCUACAGCUGAUCUAUAUUCUUGUGACCAAAACAUUUGUUCGGGUUAUUACCGGUGCUGGUUGUAUAACGAACUAGUUUAAAGGGUUUUGCUCCUACCUUGGUUAGUUCUCGGUGACCUGAAACUGAAAGAUGGUUGGACAGGACUCGGUUCAAAAGUCUUAACGGUUCCUCUUCUGGAUUUCAUCAUUUCGUGAGAGCAAGUCCGACGAUAAGCGGUUUUACAUAUUUACUGCUACUAAGACACUUCAUCUGAGAACUGAUUCAAAGAGAGAUAGAGUGGCUUGGAUGCGAGCACUGGUCUCAACUAGCAGCCUUUUCCCAUCAAGAUCGCUAAAUGAUAGUAUCUCCCUUGUUCCAAAUGAUUUGUCUAUCUCAACUGACAGGCUUAAGAAACGUUUACUUGAAGACGGUAUCAACGAGAACAUCGUAAAGGAUUGCGAGCAGAUCAUGCUAUCAGAGUUUUCUGAAAUACAAGUACAAGUUAAAGUUCUUUGUGAAGAACGGUCCAAUUUGCUUGACACAUUAAGGCAACUGGAGGCAGCUAAUAUUGAAAAUGAAACCACAGGAAUUCCAGAUGGCGAAUAUCAAUUGACAAAGCAUGAAUUUUCAAGUUUAGGGCGUGGAAAAUAUAGUGAAUAUAGCACAACUGAGUCAUCUGAUGAUAUUGAGAAACAAGAGCUUGAGGAAGUGUCGGACGAAGAUGGAACCUCCUUUUAUGAUACAAAAGAAUAUUUUACUGAACUGGCUGUCAGUGGUUUAUCAAUGACAGAAGUUUCAAAGUACUCUGAGAAGGAUAGGAGAUUUAAUCAGCUUGAUAAUGAAGAUAAAAUGCAUGCUGAGAAGCGAGUUUGCAGUUCUGGAUAUCCAUAUAUUGAAAGGCGAAAAAAGCUUCCUGACCCAGUUGAGAAAGAGAAAGGAGUCAGUCUUUGGUCUAUGAUCAAAGACAAUGUGGGGAAGGAUCUCACACGAGUCUGUCUCCCUGUUUACUUUAAUGAACCAAUAUCCUCUCUUCAGAAGUGUUUUGAGGACUUGGAGUACUCUUACCUUUUGGACAGAGCCUAUGAAUAUGGAAAAGCAGGGAACAGUGACCUUAGGAUCCUAAAUGUUGCCGCUUUUGCUGUCUCUGGAUAUGCUUCCUCUGAAGGCCGGCACUGUAAACCCUUCAAUCCUUUGCUAGGAGAAACUUAUGAAGCUGACUUUCCUGAUAAAGGAGUUCGUUUCUUCUCUGAAAAGGUUAGUCACCACCCAACUCUCAUUGCCUGCCACUGCGAAGGUAGAGGGUGGAAAUUCUGGGGUGACAGCAACCUCCGCACAAAAUUUUGGGGGCGGUCGAUUCAGCUUGACCCUGUUGGAAUCCUGACCCUAGAAUUUGAUGAUGGUGAAAUAUUCCAGUGGAGCAAGGUCACAACAACGAUCUAUAAUCUUAUCCUUGGUAAAGUGUAUUGUGGUCACCAUGGGAUGAUGCAUAUACAAGGAAAUCGACAGUAUUCAUGCAAACUGAAGUUCAAAGAACAAUCUAUUCUUGACAGAAAUCCUCACCAGGUUCAAGGGUUCAUUGAAGAUGCUUCUGGUAAUAAAGUUGCUUCAUUAUUUGGGAAGUGGGAUGACAGCAUGUAUUAUACUACUGGGGAUGAUACUGGCAAGCCAAAGGAUCGGAUUCCCUCAUCUAAUGCCACCUUGCUUUGGAAAAGGAACAAGCCACCUCUUAAUCUCACCCGGUACAACUUGACGACAUUUGCUAUCACCCUAAACGAAUUGACACCAGGACUCCAGAUUAAGGAGAGGCUCCCACCCACGGAUUCCAGGCUUAGACCAGACCAGCGGCAUUUGGAGAAUGGGGAAUAUGAGAAGGCAAAUGCAGAGAAACAACGGUUGGAGAGGAGGCAAAGAAUGUCAAGGAAAUUACAAGAACAUGGAUGGAAGCCCAGAUGGUUCCAAAAGGAAGGUGAAAAUGGAUCUUUCCGCUAUGGUGGUGGCUAUUGGGAAGCUCGAGAGCAGGGAAAUUGGGAUGGAUGUCCAAAUAUUUUUGGUGAAUUCAAUGAAGACCUAGUGGAAUCCUCUGAAGGGUCCUGACUUGAUUUAGAAAGGAGCUGUGCACUUUAAUUUGGUCCGGUUUAUCAUAUUCCAGCCUUUUUUAAAGGUUUUAGUCGAAGUUUGACAAUGUUUUUCUCGUGGGCGCUUGAGCGGGAACUGGGUUUUCAGUUCAUAGAGGAUGGAUAGGGUUAGAGAUAUUUCUUGUAACAUUCUUAAUUGUCUGAUAAGGUGUUAUUUUUGUAAUGUUGUCACUCUCUUCUGUGUGUUAUAGUUCUUUGAACUGCACUAGCCAUUGGCCAAAAAAAUUAUUUUGAUAUUUACUUUUCUUUUUAAGAAAUAAAAGAAAAGGGAAAUAUAUUGUUGUCAUCA